GUUGCACUUUUACGGGAGAUCUUCAUGAGCCGCAGAAACAAAGGGUGAUUCAGCUACAGACACAAAAAGGAGAAAAUACACAUUGUUCUAGUGCAAGCUGUGUGCAGUGGCAUCCACAGAGACUUUGGAAGAUGAACUCUUCCUUGGCUGAUACGAUCCUUAUUAUUCAUUCCUGUUUAUACCAAGCAUUAGUAAUUUUUUGUUAAGAUAAUACCUAUUAUGGUGGGACCCAGAGCACUCCUGGGUCCUGAGGUUCUACUGCAAUAGAACUAAUAGUGAUGGGUAUUCUUCUUUAAAGGAUCAGAGAAAUAAGCUUCAGCUGUUAACAUGAUAGCUCGAUAGUUCACCAAAAAAGAACAGUUCUUCAAUUUUGGGUCAGCUUUGCUUAUCUUCACAAUGUAUUUGCUUUUGUUGUCACAGCUGCGUUCUGUUGCCAUAGAUUUUGUGUGCUGGAGGCUCUGCCUCUGGGCACAAACUUUAGUGAGUGCUCAGGAUCUGAUUAUUCCUCGCUCUGUUUUGAACAAUUCAGUUUUCUCUAGGUGAAGCUGCCAGAGGUGAAUCACUUCACUGCCCACUGCCCAGGGUAGCUGGGAACUGACAUUUCUUAUAUAUCCUUGUACUGUUUUCCUGCUGUUCUUCACUGUGCCUUGAUAUGUUAAGUGACAUUGCGGUUGUUACGGAGUCUACCAGGAGUGUGGAGUGGUGAAUAAUCACACAGAGUGCAACAGGCUUCACAUGGUCUGUGAACAUAAGGAAAGUGCACCACGUUCAGAAAACUAGAGAAUGGAAAUCUCUAGUGAGAAGAUUGUGCCUUCAUUUGUCAAUGUGACAAAGUAGACUUACAGGUCCAAAGUCAAACUGACUCUUUUUUUUUUAAAAAAAAAGCCAUUAUCUGUGAGAAAAUUGUAUUUUAAGUGUUGGUUUUUUGCUGUCAAAGGGCGGAUAUUUUAUUGCUUGUGAGACUUAAGAGUGCUGGAGCUGCCGAGAGCCAAUAGCAAGUAUAGCCUGUUUAGAAAAAACCACAACUUGCUGCUGGUUAACUUUUAAGUAUUUUUCUAGUAGUUCACAUAUAAUACUGUAGAAUAAAAAUAAUGCUUAGAAAACAAAUAAGGGUUCUUUAAAGCUUGGUGGAAGCAUAUUAACUAGUUAAUCCUGGUCAAUGGGUGGUGAAGAACAUUAUCCUAAGCUGCAAAUGAGGAUAUGGAAAGUGACUCUUGGGCCACUGUUGAUGUGAGUCACUGUCACAGUCAAGAUCACAGCCCAGGGUUUUGGCUUGCGCUUCUGAAACUCACUGCAGAUUUUUUAAUUAAGCUGGAUUGGGUCUGAUCCUCUUAAGCAUGCUGUGAGUAGAGUCCCUGUAACAGGAUAGUUGCACAUUAACUUCAAAGCUUGGACACAUUGUUCAGUUGAUGGGUGUUGUAAGUGUUGUAAGUGUUCUUUGCUCCUUGUCUUGCUUGUUAGAUUUUAUUGAUAUGCGAAGUUGAGGAAUUGACAUUUCAGGAGUGUUUCCAAAGGGCAGCAAGAAAAUGUCAGUUGUGUGGAUCCUCCCGGGCAGCAUGUGGAAAGCCAGCCUUGCUUUUUGCUUGUCCUUCAAGAGAGCACUCUGCAGCCUGCGUGGUCAGAGAUGCAUUUCAGUUGGGCAGCACCUUUGCAGGGCUUCCACAGCCAGGCUUGUCUUGGCAAAGGACAAAAGCCAGUCUUGUCUCCGAGCACAGCACCGCUGUCAGCUCCUGCUCUGUGGGCUGUGCCCACAGCCCUACCAUGUUGUAAUUUUCAGUUUCUCUUCCCAAAACAAAGUGAGGUUUUUGCUGCCUAGGAAGGGGAUGUUUCUUGGAUGGGAUCACUGGAGUAGAGAUCCCUGCAGAAUGUUCCUCAUAUGGGUCAAGAAGGAAAAGAUCUUUCAAUCAGUUGAUAGUUUUUAGCUAUAGUUUUUAGAAUUUUUGUUAGCAGCAGAAAUUUGUCAGGCGCACAGGCACUUGUAAGCUGCAGUGAUGAAGGAUGUCUGAGUAAGACACCUCCCUGUGACACAGCCCUCAGAGGAAAUGCCUCGAUGGUCUCUUGAGAGAGAGGAAGAUGGGCUGGUUUUGCAGUGUCUGACCCAGUAACCAGUUGUGUUUGCCUGACAGGUUAAAUUCAUGUGCUCCCAUAAACUGUGGUAAACAUGCAGGAGUUCUGCCCAGCACAUAUUUUACAUGUUGUGAUUUGACGUACCAAAAGAACAGUAUUAAAGAGCGCCAUUAUUUUUGAUAUUUGUUUUGUUCUGUAUUUACAAGUGUUAUUUAGGAAAAGUGCAAGUUUUUCUGGACACGUUUUUACUUUAUUUUCCAUUGCUUAUAACAAAUUAUCACAUUUUUGUCAGAUUUUUAAAAGGUGCAAAAGUGAAAUAUGUUCUAAAUUGCUGUUUGUCACCAAAUUUCGUAAGUUUUAGUUGAAAUAAAUUACAAAUUGCCUAUAGAAGCCAGGAAGAAAAGCGAGUUGUAUGUGCAGAAAAAAUAGUAAUAUAGUUCAGAUUGAUGUUUUUCUAAAUAUUAUGGAGUUUUAUUAUGGAGUUUUAUUUCUGUGUUUGAGAAUACCUCAUGUAACAAGAUUUGGGUUGACUUGAUGAGAAAUUUCCAGGACUGAGCUUGGGAGUUGAAUUAAAAUAAAGAGGAUAUAGUCGUACAAAGAAGGGCUGGAGUUUUGCAAGCAGGUGCUGCUGUUCUGUUCCACCUUUUCCUCUGUUGACCUCUUUGUGCAAGGGAGAAGUUGUGUGAAUAAAUGUGUGAUUUGGACAUCUCUGUAAUAGCCUUCUCUGUGUUUGAAGGGGACGGAAAAAUUAAUACACUGGUCCUUUUUAUUCAGUCAUGGCAACUGAGUGUUAACCAUCAUGAGGAAAAUCAUGAUGACUUUUCUUGUGGGACAUUGUCUGUUGUUUUUUUUAAAAAGUAUACUGGGGCACUUCGGGGAAUGCCUCUCCAGUGUCACCAAAUAGAAAACACAACUACCUCCAGGAGCCUCUGUGUUGCUUACCAUGAGAGGCUUUCCUGGAUUGCUUGCUGUAAAAGCUUUUUGGGUUUCUAGAUGGAGGUUCAAAGGAUUUUCCUUUGGGGCUCCUCCAAUAUCAAGAGCCCUUUCCAUUGGGUUUAUGAACACCUCAGGUUGCUCACAUCCAGAAAGUGAAUUUUAAUCAGUGUUUUUAUUCCAUCAUUGAGGAUCUGUUCAGACUCAGAGGUCUCGGGUUUGGAUGCCUUGAUUUAACCCAGCCAGCAACUCAGGCAGCCGCUUGCUCACUCUGCCACAAGUGGGUGGGGGAGAAAAUCACCAGUGUAAUAGUGACAAAACUCGUGGGUUGAGAUGAAGACAGUUCAGUAGGUAAAGCAAAAGCCGUGUGCUCAAGCAAAGCAAAGCAGGGAACUCAGCCACCCCUUUCCAUGGGCAGGUAGUUGUUCAGCCAUCUCCAGGAGAGCAAGGCUCCAUCACACAUAACAGUGACUUGAGAAGACAAAUGCCAUCACUCCAAAGGUCCUCCCUUCGUUCUUCUUCUCCCUGCUUUACAUACUCAGCACGAUGCUAUAUGGUCUGGAAUAUCCCUUGGGGUCAGUUGGGAUCAGCUGUCUCGGCUGUGUCUCCUCCCAGCUCGUUGUGUACCCCCAGCCCUCUCACUGGUGAGGAGGGACAAGAAGCAGAAAAGGCCUUGGCUCUGUGCAAGCCCUGCUCAGCAAUAACCAAACCAUCUCUAUGCUGUCAACAGCUUUCCCAGCACAAACCCAAAGCAUACUAACCACCAUGAAGAAAACUAACUCUGCUCGAGCCGAACGCAGCACAGGGUGUCGCUGAACAGAAACAGAAUUGCUUAACAAGGUUGGUGACUCAUUACGCCCCACUUGAGUACAGCACAGAGAGGAUGCAUCAUGGCCACUAAUCUCCUCAGGAAUUGCUCCUUGGUGCAGAGGGUGGAGUUCAGCCUUUCAGUCUUCCUGAACUGAGCCUUGCCUAUUGCUUUCAAGUUUGCAGUCUUCUUUCCAUCCAGUGCGUGAUGGAAGUGGGACUAUCUCUCUCUAAAACGCAUAACAAAAAACACAAUUAAGAAUAAGCAACUUUUUUUUUUUGUAUUAGAAAUUUCUUUAUAUCCUGUUUUCACUGUCUUUGCACCAAUGAUUGAAAGCAGUAUUUGGUCUGUGACUUUACAGGAGGUAAGUUCAUUUGUGUUUGUGUGUAUCAGCAUUGUUUGUCCUCUUUGGAAAUGCAGUAUCCUCCUUUUAAAAGCUAACCUGAGUUCACCAGCCACCUUCUGUAACCAGGAAGAGGAAUUUGGGAAAGUUAUUUUAAAAUUUGUUAUUUUACUGACUGUAUGAGAUGCCGAGCUAGAAACCGAGCAAUGCUGAGGAGAAGGAAAUGGUUGUCAUAGUAAAUUCAGUGUUGUGUAGAGGAGGCAGGAAGCUGUCUGUUUACACCAGGGACAGCUAGCAGGUCUGACUGGUUGGCUGAUGCCAGUUAUAAAAUGCUGCCUGUGAUGUGAGUCCUGCUGUAACAGACCUGCUCCAUCUGUUGAUCUUUGUCAUUGGGAGCAUAUUUCAUAGAACUCCAAAUAUUUCAGAGCCUGUGGAAAUAGUUUGCUACACAUGAAAAGCGCUGUUUGCUCUUUCUGUCUUUACUGUGUCCUGUUAGUUUUUAUUUAGACUUAGGCAGACUGAAGAGUUUCCUCCUGAGAAGGGAGGCAGUUUGACACUGCUAGACCUGGGGGGAGGAGCUGGAAAAGACAAACCAGCUAAUGAGCAUACUGCCCUGGGUGGAGGAAGAGUAAAGGUGGUGGCCCUGUGAGAACCUCUCAGCUGUACUAGCAGUACGGUGAACAAGCUAAAAACAUCUUUUAGCUAUUGACUGGAUGCCCAAGAGGGAAAACCGCAGGCUGCAAGAAGCAAGCAUGAGGCUGGAGCAGGAGAAUGAUGACCUUGCCCAUGAGCUUGUUACAAGCAAAAUUGCCUUACGGAAUGACCUGGACCAGGCUGAAGACAAAGCAGAUGUUUUGAACAAGGAACUUCUUCUGACCAAACAGAAGCUAGUGGAGACUGAGGAAGAGAAAAGGAAGCAAGAAGAGGAAACUGCUCAGCUGAAGGAAGUCUUCAGGAAGCAGCUGGAGAAGGCAGAAUCUGAGAUCAAGAAAACCACAGCCAUUAUUGCAGAGUAUAAACAGAUUUGUUCCCAGCUGAGUACCAGGCUGGAAAAACAACAAGCGGCCAGUAAAGAUGAACUGGAAGUUGUGAAGGGUAAAGUGAUGGCCUGCAAACACUGCAGUGAGAUUUUCAGCAAGGAGGGGGCACUGAAGGUGUCUGCUGUAAGCACGGACAACAAAGGCAUCGAAACAGAUGAUGAGAAGGAUGCACUGAAGAAGCAGCUGAGAGAGAUGGAGCUGGAACUUGCACAGACCAAACUGCAGCUUGUGGAAGCCAAGUGCAAAAUUCAGGAGCUGGAGCAUCAGAGAGGAGCCCUUAUGAAUGAAAUCCAAGCUGCCAAAAACUCUUGGUUUAGCAAAACCCUGAACUCUAUCAAAACGGCCACAGGCACACAGGCACCACCGCAGCCCCAGCCACCCCUGCCUCCCAGAGAGGGCAGCACAUAGUUCCAGCCGCACCCGGCACAAGAGCACAAAGAACAACACAGCUGAAACCUUGGAGGAUUCUUCCAGUGGUCUCUCCUCCUGGGGGAAGGACAAUGAGGCAGGAGUGCAGGCUUGAAGUGAAAUUCUUCAGUGUUUUUCAUUCAUUUUCUGAUGUGACCCUUUUCAGAGGGGGGGAAAAAAAAUUCCUGGUUUAUGUUGAAUUCCUACUUCCCAUACUGCCUUGCUGAAAGCCACGUUCUGAUACCGUCAUACUUUUACACUUUAUUUUAUAUGACUAGAUGUUAAAUAAAUACUUCAAAACUAGGUCUUUAAUACACAUCGAAUUUGAAAUCAUUUUUGUCUUGCAUAGAAGGUUUUUCUUCUUCUGGAGGAAGAGAGAGAAUGGAAAAUGUACAGUACUGCAGCAUAAUCUCUCCCUAGAAAGCACAGUGUAAGACAUCUAGGAUAACUUACGCCCUGGGACCAUCUCAGAAUUUUUUUGCAGCAGCUGUGUCCUGCAGAGAAGCACUUUUUGUAAAGCUUAGGCCAUAGCAAAGAUAGGCUUGUGCUCUCCUGGCGCAAUUGCUAUGAGCUUCCCUCAUAACUCCUUAGUUUGGAUUGGUUUUUCUUCAGAAAUGCAAGUAGUGCAGUUUUUGUAACACUGUUGUUUAAAGGCUAUUUACAGCUCAACUGGAAUUUAACAUAAAGUUACCUAGUUCCCUUUUUUAAAUUCAUGUUUAUAUUAAGAAUUCCAAGGAGUAAUUCCUUCCACUGGGAUAAAGGGAGAACUGUUUUGACACUUACUCGAUGUUUUUGCUGAGAAGCAGAGUGAAGACCUUGCAUGGUUUUGACCUUUUGUAAAUCCUGUGCAAUAAAGGGUAGGUUUUAUGAAUAAAAGUAAUGAAAACCUUGCCCUGGGUCUAUAUUCAGAUUCCAAAUUUGACACAGAAAUGAGGUAUCAAAUAAAAUACCCAAAAGGCUUGUGCUGCACUGAUGAAUAAAAUAUCACAGAAAGAAGAUCUGUUUGCUAGAAUAGGAAACACUUUGUUGGUAUUACUUAUUUUUAUAAAAACAAGCAUUUUCAAGUGGAAUACAAGCCCUAGACUUUCCUGUGGGGGUAGACUUCUCUGGUGAUUCCCAAACCUAUCUGGUUGGUUUAUAGCUCUUAAGGUAAGAAAGUUCGAAAGCAUUUGUUUUGACUAAACAUAAAGUGUUCAUAGAAAUACUUAUUUCAUGGAAAAUUAAGCUAUUGCUUGAACUGAUGGAAUAUUUUUUUAAUUAUACCUGUCAUGUCUAAAGAUGGUCUUGCAGGUAAAUGUCAUUGCUGGACUAAAUGUUGUGUAUUAAUUGUUUCAUUUACAAGAUUUUUCCAGGGACCGUAGUUCUGUUUUGAUCUUUUUUUUUUAAUUCUAAGGAAUGCCAUACAUUGUCAGUUUUGUACAAUAAAAUUUAAUAAUACCCAUCUUGUGCUUUGUUGUCAAGCAUAAUUGUGAAUUAUUUUCAACAGGGUAGUACAAAUUUAAUGUUACCAGUGCCAAAGGAAAGAUUCUGAAUGGCAGUCAGCUGUUAGAAGAAGAGAUCAAAAUAUAAUCACUAUCCUGACACAAUUCUCUCUUCUAAGAAUAAGGGGCUAAAAAACUUCUUAAAUUUAAACAUUAAAACAUUUUAAAAUGUAGCUUCAAGAACAGUGAUUAUCUGAAAUUAUUAAUACAGUGAGAGAAAAGGGGAAAACAGAAGGUAUUUCUUUUGCAAAUGUUGUCAAAGGUCUUUUUCCCUUGUCACUUUCUCGCUUACAAUGUUUGCGGAAAUGUUUCCAUUCUCUUGACUGACUAAACCCAGCAUUAGUCAUUCAUUUACCAGUUCCGCUUCACAUUCAGAAUGUGAAUCUGAAUCCUUAAUAAAUCUGAAGUGACAUUUAAGGAUACCUGGUGAACAUCUGCUUGUUGCAUUUGAGAGUACUGUGCCCAUGAGGGAAACUGGUUGUUUGACAAAUGUCUGAAUUUCUCAUUUCUUUUAUCUUAAAUCAUACUUACAAGUGGAUUUAAAACCAUGAUUGGGAAAGUCCAGUAACAAUGAUUAACGAAAUGUAUUAAUCUGUGGUACCCUGAGCCGAUGAGUUAAGAGCUCACUGCUGCUCACCCCUCCAGCUCCCCAUUGUACAGUCCUGUCCCUUGUCUUUGUUAUAGUAUGUACUGGAAAUAACGAGAAACAACAACGAAAAAAGAUGUGGGUGGAUUUACCCCCCUACGGUUCAUCUUUUGUCAAGUGAAUGAGUCAGAUCACCUCAAAGGCUCCCAUGAGUGCAAGCGGAUCAUGGGAGUGGGACUUUCCAAGUUCAUCAAAAAGGAACUGGUAAAUAAGGUCACCACGUUUCACAGAAUGAUACAACAUUCCUUUUCUCAGUGUAGCUGCUUUCUGACUUUGGACGUUGAGUUUCAGGAACAAAACCACAUUUGCUACCUGCCAGCCAUGAUGAUUUCAAACCCUUGUAAGGAUGGAAGCUGGCUUACCUCAGCAAAAGGAAGUUUCAGAAAGCAAUGACCCUAAAGGCAGUAAAUUAUUUCCACCUUCCAGCUGUAGAUCCAAGGUAGUAUUUGUGGCAUUUGGAAGAGUAAUAUUUAGGUGGAAACUGCAUCUUCUCUGCAUUACUGAAGGAGUAAGAAAAUAGCUUUAUGGCAUUAUCUUGAUGAAUAUUCAGAAUGAAGGAAAGGAGCAGGACUCCAUGAUUAAACCAGGCAAGCUAAAAUUCUAUCUGCUGACUAUAGAUGCUAUUGGGAAAUUUAGUUUCCUGCAAGAAAAGAGAUCUCUCUAUGACAGAAAUACCUACACACAUAUCCUGGGUGGAUUUGUCAGGGAUAGCUGGCUUAUUGUUCAGCUUUUCAGCAGGAAACAUCAUCAAAGUCUCACUGGAACUGUUGUUUCCAUGUGGCACUGGAACAGCUAAGAUAGCUCCUAAGUCUAGAGCGAUCAACCUUUCUUCCCUGAGUCUGCGGUAAACUAUGUGUUCACAUCAAACUUUUAUUAAAAUUAAUUUGAAUUUUAUAAAUAUAUAUGUGGAACUAAAACCUAUUUUUAAAUUUUAUUGAGAAUGCACCAUUCUGAAAUAAAGUCUUUACUUUGAUUAGGAACAAACCUCCAAAGAAUAUUUUUACUACAACUUUUUAUCUUGUUGGAUUCUAAUCUGUUCCUGAGAUGCCCAGUAUGGGGGGCAAAAAAAAAAAAAAAGUCCUUCUUUUCACUUUAAAAAGUUGGUUUUCCUUUGACUGUAACAACACUUUACAGGCUAAAUGAAGCAAGGCUGAUUUAGUUACGUGGUACAUUUGUGAACUAGUCUUGUAUUAUCUUUGUGAACCAAACUUAAUAUUCUAAAGUAAUAGGACUUAUUCCACUUAGUUUACAUUUCUAAAUGUACCUGGAGAGAAAUAAAAAAAAAAAAUACCAUGGGUAGAGAAGCUGAGAAACUGCAAAAUCCCUGAGUUCCAUCUGCAUUAGCAUUUGGUAGAACCAAUCUCAGGAAAGGUAGUCAGCCAUGUAAUCAGUACUGCCAGUGGACAAACCCACCCUUGUCCUGACCAUUAAUGAGGAUUUAAUUUGCUACAGCUGAGUUGCAUCACUACAAUUAAGUUAAAGUACUUACACAGGUAAGCAGUAUUUGUUUUCUUUGUCAAGACAUUUUAAAUGACUUACCUUGGUUGGCCCUUGAAAUUUCUUUUAAGAUAAAUGAUCAUCUCUGCCGCUGUGUUAAGAACAACUCAAAAUAAAAACAGCCAUUUACAAGGGGAGACAGAUAAAAAGUCAAGAACUGCCAAGAGUCCAGCCCCUUCACAAAGCAUGAAGAAUCCCAUUGACUUCAGGGUCGUGAUGCCACUCAUUGACUGAGUGUGGUAGUUUAGGAGUAAAUAAAAAUCUGCAUUUACUGGCACCAAAGUAUCAAAAUUUAGAAGUCACAUGCCAUGCUUUCUUCACAGGAUCAAGGCUGGGUUGUUCCUUCUAUUAAGUAGCUGCAGUGAAAUCCAUGAAACUACUUGUAUGUGUGGGAGAACUAUUAUCAGGUGAUUUUCAUUUACUCAGAGGAUUUUCAUUUACUGUUAGACUCAGGGAUAAUUGGCAACUUCUGCAUCAUCUCCUAAGCCUAAACACCCUUGGCUUUGAAACCAGAAGCACUCUUACCUUACAAUGCUGGUGUUCUUCCAGCUGCUAGGGAGAAAACCACAGCAAGUGUCAUGUCUGAUUGAUUGUGAAGAGAGGGCAGAGAUGUUGCCCUCAAGGCUGAGGGAUUGCUGUGGCUGACAAGCACCCCCUGUCCCUGCUGGACCCUGCUGGAGGGGCUGCUGUGCAAAGAGCCAGCUGCACCAGAUUUGCAAACACCGAGGUUAAAACUAAAUUAUUUGUCUGUCUAUUGUGCUAAUACCCUACUGGGAACUGUCCCAUUACCUCCUUCCAAAUAAUAACACUAUGGGGAGACAUGAUGAAACGCUCAAGUUUGGAUCUCUCAGGUUUUAGGGUAGGUGUACGUCACAGCAGCCCUUAGAACUGCGCUAAUCCACAGAUGGAUUUUGGGAAAUGCAAGGAAUUUGCAACUGGAUAAAUAAUGCUCAGCAUUGAUCAAGACCUUCUCUUUCCCAGGUCAGAAGUCUACACAAUUUAUUUCAAGAUUGUGACUUAACACAUACAGGUCAAUUCUCCAGGAAUACAGGGCUUUCCAAUUCUCCUGGGUCCCAACUGCUUUGCUACUGAAUGUAUUUCAUGCUAUUUUUACCUGAAAAACAAAAAAUGGGUAGAGAAUUAGGAUAUUACUUUUUAUUAUUUUCUUAUUCAGUGGGACUUGCUUUUAUUUAACCUGUAAAGGAAUAUAUAUGUAUCUUUGGAGAGCUAUAUCUUACAUAUAGAAUAAUAUAUAAGAAACUGAACGACAAGGGGAUAAAUACAUCAAAAGGAUUUGGUAUCAUAAAUUUCAUUUGUGAUUUGAUACCACCAGAAUCCUGGGCUGUACUAAUUUCCUUACAGUUUCUCUUAUUUUUGUAUUUUAUAUAAUACAUGGAUGGUACUACCAAUGCAAAAACCACAGCAAAUGUUCCCAGAUUUUUCUUCAGGUCUCAGUUCCUGUCUUUCAGUAAUCCCUGAGUUUGCAACUCUGCUAUACCACCCUCAAAAGCUGUGCCUAGAGCUCUCUUGAGCCUUGGGAACUCGUGCUUUCCCAUGGAAGAAGAUUCUCUGGCUUCUUUGAACUGGGAAAAGAUGACACAUGAAUGCAGAAAAGUUUCUAAUCAAGCAUAAUCCAUCUGCCUCUGUGUCUGCCGUUAAGGUGGAUUCACUCCAGCACACUGAGAAAAGAGCAUCUUCAAAUCUCUUGACUCCAUGACAAUGAAGUUUUCCAGAUUUGGGAGUGCCUUUGUGAUCUGGGUGUGUCCCAAGUCCACAAAUCCUAAAGAGUUAGGGAAAAAAGAGCAUCACAGAGAGGUCAGGCUUCUAACUGAGAACCAUUCAGUACUGCCACACUUGGGUAACACAUCCCUGUAUUAUAUAAAGUACGACAUGAAAAUAUAAGUGUAAUGCUUGUUAUGAAAAGUGCAAUUCAAUGUACAUGGUCACAACAAAUGUUUACUUUUUUAAUUGUUACAGAAUUGUUCAGAUCAGUACCUUGUUAUCAUUGUGUGAACGAUGCCUUGUAAAAUAAAUGGAAAUGGAAAACAA